UGGAAAGAGGCCGAAGAACUGUUUGUGCAAGUGAUAGAGACAAGAAAAAGGGUGCUAGGUGGGGAGCAUUCUUCCACACUGACCAGCAUGGCCAACCUGGCGUCGUGUCACGCACCGGGACCCACUCUAGUUGUCACUGGCUGUGUCGAGGAGCGAUACGAUGUAUUAAACCACACAGAGAUUCCUUAA